CCCCAGAGGUCGAACCAGCAGCUCCUGCCACCUCUCUGGCUGCCCCUUGGAGCCCACCUAGCCCAGCCUGACCAAUGUCCACAGCCAGGGAGCAGCCCAUCUUCAGCACCAGGGCACAUGUGUUCCAGAUCGACCCAGCUACCAAGCGGAACUGGAUCCCUGCGGGCAAGCACGCACUCACUGUCUCCUACUUCUAUGAUGCCACCAGAAAUGUCUACCGAAUCAUCAGCAUUGGGGGUGCCAAGGCCAUUAUCAAUAGUACUGUCACCCCCAACAUGACUUUCACCAAAACCUCCCAGAAGUUCGGGCAAUGGGCAGACAGUCGUGCUAACACUGUCUACGGCCUUGGCUUUGCUUCUGAACAGCAUCUGACCCAGUUUGCUGAGAAGUUCCAGGAAGUGAAGGAAGCAGCGAGGCUGGCGAGGGAGAAAUCUCAGGAUGGCGGGGAGCUCACCAGUCCAGCCCUGGGGCUCUCCACUCAUCAGGUGCCCCCGAGCCCCCUCAUCAGCACCAAUGGUCCCCCCAGCGACGAGAAGCUGUUCCGCAGCCAGAGCGCGGAAGCCCCUGGCCCCGCCGAGCGAGAGCGGCUCAAGAAGAUGCUGUCCGAGGGCUCCGUGGGCGAGGUGCAGUGGGAGGCCGAGUUCUUCGCGCUGCAGGACAGCAACAACAAGUUGGCGAGCGCCCUGAGAGAGGCCAACGCGGCCGCCGCCCAGUGGAGGCAGCAGCUCGAGGCACAGCGCGCAGAGGCCGAGCGGCUGCGGCAGCGGGUGGCUGAACUGGAGGCCCAGGCAGCAACAGAGCCGACCCCAGUCAGUGAGAAAGAGGGGCCAGUCCAGGCGCUGGAACAGCUGGAGUCCUUAGUGCAGACCAAGGACCAGGUGAGCACAGAGCAUGAGAUCCAGACACUCAAGAGCCAGGCCGGUGUGCCCCGCGAGGCCCCUGAUGCAGUGGAUCGGGAGGAGACGCAACAGAAGGUGCAGGACCUGGAAACCCGCAACGUGGAGUUGGAGCACCAGCUGCGGGUGACAGAGCGCAGCCUGGAGGAGGCUCGGGCUGAGCGGGAACGGGCAAGAGCUGAGGUGGGCCGGGCCGCACAGCUGCUGGACGUCAGACUGUUCGAGCUGAGCGAGCUGCGGGAGGGCCUGGCCCGCCUAGCCGAGGGUGCUCCCUGAGCCUGGGCUGGCCACCAGUCCUUGUAGGAGCCGGAGCCUAUGGGAGCAGGUUCUACACAAAUGCUUCCUGUUUGGGGCAUGGGCUGGCCGCAGGCGGCCCAGCAGGCCACUUGCCCUGGCAGGGACCAGGGCUGACAGCCAAUAGAGGGCUUGGCUGCGUACAGCUUAGGGGCUAUUGGGGGCUUUUCAUUGUGUAAGAUUUCUAGACUCUCCACCAGGGCACAUGCUGGGGCCCAGAUUACAUUUCUAAGCAUGACUGUGUGUGUGUGGUGGGUGGACACUAAAUGUUGUCAUUGAACCUUC